AUGGUCACUGCUAGUCGGUAUCGGCCUCAUUCCUGGCUGCUAGCUGCAUUGGCUGGAAUCUGCCUGUUCACAGACGUGGUUGGUCAAUUGUUCACCGAUGAUGCAGUUGGAGCUGAAGCUGACACUGAACUUCUGCAAGCACCAUAUCAGAAACGACUUAAUGCACACCACAUCAUGAGAAUGUUUAUGGGAAAGAAACCAACCUAUUUGCCGUCUCUACCAGCGUCACCUCUAGACGCUAAUAGACUUCUAAGGCCUCUAAGAGCUGCUGCUACUGCUGCUAUUGAUCGUCGUGCGAUACCGGAUACCAUUGGUGAUUUCCAGAAUUGUUUCCUCUCACCGGUCCAAUGUAUGUUGCCAUCUAUGGGUCGCCGAUAA